GUCCCUCCCACCAUCUCAACUCAUACCCUGGGCUCCCGCUCUGGAAAAUACGGCAGGUGGCAGUCUCACAAAAAUUUCUUUCUCUCCUCAUCAUUUUUCUCACUUUAGCGCAUCGCAAUGGCACACCCGCAACUACUCAGGCGAAAGGUCGGAACGGGCGAGGAGCCGGAAGCAAGUGGUAAUCCGGAAGUAGUGGAGCAGGAAGUGACAGUGACCUGGAGUGUCUCGGGCUGCAAAGUUUGGGUGCCACGAAAGGUUCCGACCUCAGUAAGGAAAGCUAACCUCCUUUCUUCUUUUUCUUAGAUGCUGAGAUGAAUCGUCACCUGUAUGUUUGGCUUUUUAGACAUCGAUAUGUUAGUGGUUUUCCCCAGUGUCACAUCCAUCUCUAUUCCCAUCAAUUUCGACAGAAACAUCUGGAUACAAAGCUGUGGGGUUUUAGACAAAACAGAAGUCACAUUCUCCAUCAUCUAUUAAAGAAAAAUUGGUCGAGGAGAUACUGUCAUAGAGACACCCGAAUACUUUCGAAACAUAAAGCACUACAGAAAUAUAUGGAGGACCUGAAUAAGGAGUACAAAACACUUGAUGAGUGCUUGCAGCGGAUCUCUGUGAAUGAUGGAGGCCGAAAGUCCUUGACCCGAAGACAUGCUGAGUUGGCACCGCUUGCAGCCAUAUACCAAGAAAUACUGGAAGCACAACAAGCAAUUGAAGAAUUAGAAUCAAUGUGUAAAAGUCUAAAUACACAAGAUGAAAAGCAGUUACAAGUGCUUGCACUGGAAGAAAGGCAAACCAUUGAUGAAAAAAUCAACAUGUUAUACUCUGAGCUUUUCCAGAAUCUAGUACCAAAGGAGAAAUAUGACAAAAAUGAUGUUAUUUUAGAGGUGAUAUCUGGAAGAACUACUGGAGGUGAUAUCUGCCAACAGUUUACCCGAGAAAUAUUUGACAUGUACCAAAACUAUUCAUGUUAUAAACACUGGAAAUUUGAACUUUUGAAUUAUACACCAGCAGAAUAUGGUGGACUACAUCAUGCCGCCGCUCGAGUUUCUGGUGACAGUGUCUAUAAGCAUUUGAAGUAUGAAGGCGGGAUUCACCGAGUGCAGCGAAUCCCUGAGGUGGGCCUGUCAUCAAGGAUGCAACGUAUUCACACAGGGACGACGUCCGUCAUCGUCCUUCCUCAGCCCGAUGAGGUAGAUGUGAAAGUGGAUCCCAAAGAUUUGCGAAUAGAUACAUUUCGGGCCAAAGGAGCAGGAGGGCAGCAUGUUAAUACAACAGACAGUGCUGUCAGACUUGUCCAUAUCCCCACAGGACUAGUAGUAGAAUGCCAACAAGAACGCUCACAGAUAAAAAAUAAGGAAAUAGCUUUGCGUGUGUUGAGAGCUAGACUCUAUCAGCAGAUUAUUGAGAAAGACAAGUGUCAACAACAAAGUGCUAGAAAACUGCAGGUGGGAACCAGAGCCCAGUCAGAGAGAAUUCGGACAUAUAAUUUCACCCAGGAUAGAGUCACUGACCACAGGAUAUCAUAUGAAGUUCGUGACAUUAAGGAAUUUUUAUGUGGUGAGAAGUGCCUGGAUCAGCUAAUUCAGAGACUCCUUCAAUCAGCAGAUGAAGAAGCCAUCAUUGAAAUUCUGGAUGAAAACCUCAAAUCAGCUAAAUAAAUGUUAAUUUAUUGCUUAUUAUAUAAUGAAAUGGGUCUGUGUCAAGAAGUACAUUAAAGCAUGGAUGUCUUAAUGAAUAUUCAAAGGAUGCAGCUAUAAAUAAACUAUACAUACAAAUAUAUAUUUUUUUUGACAGGCAGAGUUAGACAGUGAGAGAGAGAGAGACAGAGAGAAAGGUCUUCCUUUUCCGUUGGUUAACCCCCCAAGUGGCCGCUACGGCCAGUGUGUUGCGGCCGAUGCACUGCACUGACCCAAAGCCAGGAGCCAGGUGCUUCCUGCUGGUCUCCUAAGCAGGUACGGGGCUCAAGGACCUGGGCCGUCCUCCACUGCCUUCCCGGGCCACAGCAGAGAGCUGGCCUGGACAGCGCCAGGACAGAAUCCAGCGCCCCAACCAGGGCCAGAACCCAGGGUGCCAGCGCCACAGGCGGAGGAUUAACCUAGCGAACCACAACGCCAGCCCUAUAUUUUAAUGAAUCCGUUACAUGUAUUUUUUAAAGAUUUAUUUAUUUAUUUGAAAGGUAGAGUUACAGAGAGACAGAAGCAGAGAGAAAGAAUCUUUCAUUCAUGGUUUCACUCCCCAAAUGGCCACAACAGUCGGAGCUGGGCUGAUCCAAAGUCAGGAGGCAGGAGCUUCUUCCGAUCUCCCAUGCAAGUAAAGGGGCCCAAGAACUUGGGCCAUCUUCUACUGUUUUCCCAGGCCAUAGCAGAGAGCUGGAUUGGAAGUGGAGCAGCCAGGAUUUGAACUGGCGCCCAUAUGAGAUGCUGGCACUGCAGGCAGCGGCUUUACCCACUAUGCCACAGUGCCAGCCCCCAGAAUUACAUUUCUUGACCUAAAGGCUUAUUUUUAAUUUCCUGUAUAUUCAACUCCUUAAGUAGAAAACAAGCAUGCAUCUUUGAAAAGAGAAAUAUGUUGAUCAACGUAAGCUGAGGAACUGCAAAGGAACUUUAGUCGGAGUCUUAGGAACUGCAGUUUAAGAGACAACACGUUCAGAUAGCUCUGAAUGAGUGUUUUCACAGAAAGAGGCAAAGUAGAGAGUUAUAUAAAGAAGUAGUACUGAUUUAUUACAGAGCAGUACAAAUUCUUUUGUUAGAAACUCAACGUUAUGAGAGAAUAGGAGUUACAUGACCAAUUAAAUAUAAGAAAAGAAUGCUUAUACAUAGUAAACAUGUUCCUAAAAGAAGACUCUAGGGGCCGGUGCUGUGGUGUAGCGGGUAAAGCUGCCACUUUUACCCGCUCCACUUCCGAUCCAGCUCUGCUAUGGCCUGGGAAAGCAGUAGAAGAUGGACCAAGUGCUCGGGCCCCUGCACCUGCAUGGGAGACCCAGAGGAAGCUCCUUGCUCCUGGAUUCGGAUCGGUGUAGCUCUGGCCAUUGCAGCCAUCUGGGGAGUAAACCAGUGGAUGGAAGACCUCUCUC